UGAUCUUGUAACCUCAAACUCUUCCCUUUUCCUAUCCAUACACACAUCUCUCCUCCUGGCAACCCGUUGUUUGUCGAGACAUUACAGCCUCAUAAUUGCUCGUCUUGAACGUUUAUUGCUCAUGGAUCAUAGCAAUCAAGCAACGGGGACGCGAAAUUCCUCCCAGGUACACUCAGUAAGCAAUCCUGAACAGGAAAGCGAUGCUAGCUCCUCCGUUGAACAGCUUGCCGAGAAGAUAUUAGAAUAUGAGCUCAGUAGCGACUCGUCCACCAUCCUGCCUGAAAUCAUCCCAUCAGCAUAUAAGAACAUUAACAAUCUCACCAUUUCCACGCCAAGUGCCACCACUAUAGAAGACGAGGAAAAGCGAUUCGCAAUCUUUGAAUUGUCCCCAGUCUCGCCAAUCACAUUGACUUCGCCUACCUCGUCGGUUGGAGAAGACUUUCCGAUUCUUUCGUCUCGAUCCUCCGAUACGGUUGUUGAAGAUGCUUAUCCCGAGGGUGGUCUUCAGGCAUGGCUUAUUGUUUUCGGCGCUUGGUGUGGCAUGUUUGCAUCCCUCGGCGUUGGUAGUACUCUCGCAACAUUCCAAGCCCAUAUCUCAGUCAAUCAAAUGGCAUCUUAUUCCCCAGAACAGAUCGGGUGGAUAUUUUCCAUCUAUGCUUUCUUGACCUUUGGUUGUGGCAUCUAUACAGGUUCGCUCUUUGACAUCUAUGGCCCUCGAUGGUUGGUCCUUUGCGGAAGUAUUUGCCAGGUAGCUUGUAUGUUUCUCUUGCCACAUUGCAGCUGUAAGUCUACCCACAUCCAAUCUCCAAGGAAGCGAAAAUAAUCCCCUAACUUGAAUAGCCUUCUAUCACUUUGCAGUCGUAUUCGGUAUCCUCGGUGGAGUCGGUUCUGCUUUGAUCUUUACUAGCUCAAUUGCAUCAGUCGGCCACUUUUUCAAUAAACGUCGGGGACACGCUACGGGAAUUACUGCUGGAGGUGGUGCUUUUGUGAGUAGCCAGUCAUUUCUUUUGCUAUCUUAAUAAGAGUCGGACCAGUUGAUAUUAAGGAAUAUACAUGCUGACUCAUUCAUAGGGUGGCAUCGUCUUCCCACUACUUCUCCAAAGUCUCAUACCGAGGAUUGGCUUCGCUUGGGCAGUACGUAUCAUGGGAUUCAUCAUACUAUUGUUAUGCAUCAUAGCAUGUUUACUCAUCCGGUCUCGUCUCCCACCCGCCCCCCGGUCGCCGCAUCCGGAUUUUCGAAUUCUGGCCAAUCCCGCAUUUGCUACCACAGUCGUUGGAGUCUUUCUCGUUGAGUGGGCACUAUUCAUACCACUUACAUAUAUUACCUCUUAUGCCCUCAAAGAAGGAUUCCCAUACGAAUUAUCUUAUGCCAUUCUUCCGAUCUUGAACGCCGGUAGUGUAUUUGGUCGUUGGAUCCCUGGUCUUUAUUCCGAUCUUCUGGGACGCUACAACACAUUUAUCCUCUUUCUACUUAUCAGUAUUUUUUCUAUUCUUACCAUAUGGUUUCACUUUGGGCCUUCCACUCCUGGCCUCACCACUUUUGCACUUAUCUUUGGAUUCUCAUCUGGAAGCAAUAUUUCGUUGACACCGGUCUGUAUCGGCCAAUUGUGCGAUACGCAAGAUUACGGGCGAUAUUAUGCAACUUGCUACUUUAUUGUCAGUAUUGGUUGCUUGACCGGAAUACCACUUGCUGGCGAGAUUCUACAAAUUUGCCAUGGCAGUUAUUGGGGACUGAUACUUUUUACCGGCGUUUGUCAUAUUGGCGCCCUUGCUGCAUUUAUUAUUGCCAGAGGUUUGGGUGGUAGUUGGAGUGUGUGGAAGAAGUACUAACAUCACAGAUGUCAUAAACUGGUUAUUAGAUCAGACUUUGGUUAUUCUUACAGAGGAGAGUAGACUUUUUUAUCAUUGCUCACUAGAAAUUAUUAUUAGAUGGUGUACCAGAAUAGCGAGUACAAUACUCGUAAUAGGUUUUGAGGCUGCCUCCCUAGGUAGAAUAGGCCGAAGUCUUAGUUUGACAGGAAAAGCUAC